AUGUGGAAUAAAGGCAAACCCAACAACGAAUUUGGAAAUGAACACUGCCUUGAAAUGUUUAGAGACGGGACCUUAAAUGAUAACGAUUGUGCACAACCUUUAUCUUUUAUUUGUAUGGAAGUUCAUGAGACAACCACAAAUAUUGAAACUGACACAACUAUGUAUCCAACAUCCAGAACAACCACGGCAACACUUAGUUUUACUACAGAGGGAAAUGUUUCAAAUACUGGGAACGUUUCCAAAGACACUUUGGAGUGUAUCAGCAAAACAGCUACGGCGUUUGACAACAACUGUUAUGAGCUAUUCACAACACCAAAGAAUUGGACUGAAGCGAAAAAAUACUGCUCAAAUUUCAAUGGAAAGAGGAUGCUGGCCAAAGUCUCCUCACCCUCUGUGUUGAGAUACUUCAAUUCUUUCAGACCAUUUUAUACAAGAGUGUGGCUUGGAGGUAAUGACCAAUUACAAGAAGGUGAAUGGGUGUGGACAGAUGGUACAAAGGCUAAUCUAACAUCAAUGUGGGGUUAUACUGAACCCAACAACACGAAUGGAAAUGAAGAUUGCCUUGAAAUUUUUAAUGAUGGAACACUAAAUGAUGACGAUUGUGCGCAAUCUUUCUCUUUCAUUUGUAUGGAAAUUCAUGCGACAAAUGCAGCUCCUGAAACUAACCUAACAACAUAUCCGACAGCUACGGCAACACCUAGCAUUACAACAGAGAGAAAUGAGUCAAAGCUUAACAACGAUUUCGGCAAUUCAUCGGAAGAGAUAAAUUCACUUGAUGAAUGGAUUGUCAUUUUGAUUGUGACUGUUGUGGUAGCUUUUUUCGUGUCGGUAUUUGUGGUUGUGGUUGUGGUUAAGUUGCGUUCCAAAACACGAUCACCCACUAGGAAUCUAAUUGAAUCUGGAAACACCCAUGGCAUCGUGAACCAAACACGUGCAAACGCUGCUUAUGACAACGUGACACGGACAGAGGACGGGGGUUUCAAUCUGGUGAAGUUCACUAAGAGUGCCCAUGCGUAUGCAAAUGUUGUAAUCAAUCAAGAACAAAACGCUGUUCAAGACAACGACAACGAAGAAGGCCUGUAUACAGAAAUUCUGGACUAA